AGACCACUUAGGACGUAACCGUUUUUUAAUCUCCGGAGCCUUCACGCGAACUUGCACUGCCUCUCUUCCUCUUGAGCCUUCCAUUCCCAUUCUUCACACAUUCCAACAACUAACUCAACAAAAUAUAACUUUACAUAAGAUGAACCACUCUUUUUUCAGCACCGUCAUUUCCGGUUGCGCCGCCACCUCUCGCCCACGCGUCGCCGCCGUAGAAUUUAACGACUCUUCAAUUCCUCUUUCGUGUUAAUGCAUCCUUUCUGCUGCGUCUCCGCCGUCUCCGAUCACUCUUCUCCGGUCAAACCCUCGCCAACCGCUCCGCUCGCCGUCCUCACCAUGCCUCCUCUUCCCGCCGCCGUGAGAUCCGAUUCGGAACCGCGGCACGGCCAAAUCAGCCUCUGCAUCGCCAACGGCGGUGACAGCAACCGCGCCGUUCAUCCUCCGGCAGCGGCUGCGGUGGACGUGAAGAUCAACGACCUCGUCGGGAACGGAAUCUCCGGGAUACUGAACAAGUGGGUGAACUACGGCAAAGGAUGGAGGCCACGGUGGUUCGUGCUCCAAGACGGUGUCCUCUCUUACUACAAGAUUCAUGGUCCUGAUAAGAUCGUUGUCAAUUCGGAAACCGAGAAGGGAUCCAAGGUCAUUGGUGAGGAAUCCAUGCGCAUCAUCUGUCGCAAUCGCAAUUCGAAUCACCAUCACCACCACAAUAACUUCAACCAUCGUCGUAAGCCCGUCGGCGAAAUCCACCUCAAGGUUUCGACUAUUCGUGAGAGUAGAUCGGAUGACAAGCGAUUUUCCAUUUUCACUGGGACAAAGAGACUUCACUUGAGGGCUGAGACUCGUGAGGAUCGAGUGGCAUGGAUGGAGGCCUUGCAGGCGGUGAAAGAUAUGUUUCCCCGGAUGUCGAACAGUGAGCUGAUGGCACCGGUGGACAAUGUGGCCAUUUCAACUGAGAAACUGAGGCUUCGGCUCAUGGAGGAAGGUGUAAGUGAGGCAGCCAUUCAGGACAGUGAACAAAUUAUGAGAAAUGAGUAUGCGGCGAUGCAAAACCAGAUUCUGUUGCUUAAGCAGAAGCAGUUGACCCUAGUCGACACUUUACGGCAAUUAGAGACAGAAAAGGUUGAUCUGGAGAACACUGUUGUUGAUGAGAGUCAAAGACAGUUGAAUGAUCAGGAGGCUUCCUCUAGAUUAAGGCAAGAAAAAUCUAGUGCUAGUGCAAGUGAGUCUGAGGAUGAUAAUGAGAGAAAUGAUGCAGCAGAGGAAGAGACAGAUGAUGACGAGGCUGCCUUUUUUGACACUCGUGAUUUUCUUUCAUCGUCCAGUUCAUUUAAAAGUAAUGGAUCUGAUUUUAGGGUUUCGUCUUUCUCCUCAGAUGACGGACUCUAUGCAGUUGAUUCAGAGGAGGAUGUAGAUCCUUCAAUUAGAUCUGUUGGGACGAACUAUCCUAUUGUUAAGCGGCGUAAGAAAUUGCCUGACCCUGUUGAAAAAGAGAAAGGUGUCAGUCUUUGGUCAAUGAUUAAGGAUAAUAUUGGCAGGGAUCUAACUAAAGUUUGCCUUCCUGUUUAUUUUAAUGAGCCUCUCUCCUCUCUACAAAAAUGUUGUGAAGAAAUGGAGUAUUCGUAUCUUCUAGACCGAGCAUAUGAAUGGGGAAGAAGGGGUAAUAGCCUCAUGAGGAUUCUCAAUGUUGCUGCUUUUGCUGUAUCAGCCUAUGCUUCAACUGAAGGAAGAAUUUGCAAACCAUUUAAUCCAUUACUAGGGGAAACAUAUGAAGCUGACUUUCCAGAUAAAGGCUUCCGAUUUUUCUCAGAGAAGGUUAGUCAUCAUCCUAUGAUAGUCGCAUGUCACUGUGAGGGUACAGGUUGGAAAUUUUGGGGUGAUAGCAACUUAAAGAGUAAAUUUUGGGGUCGAUCAAUUCAGCUUGAUCCUGUUGGUAUUUUAACUUUGGAAUUUGAUGAUGGUGAAGUAUUCCAAUGGAGUAAGGUCACUACAUCAAUAUACAAUCUUAUACUGGGAAAGCUGUAUUGUGAUCAUUAUGGUACAAUGCGUAUACAGGGGAAUCGAGACUACUCAUGCAAACUGAAAUUCAAGGAACAAUCUAUAAUUGAUCGAAAUCCUCACCAGGUUCAUGGUAUUGUUCAGGAUAGAAAUGGUAAAACAUUGUCUACAUUACUCGGAAAAUGGGAUGACAGCAUGUAUUAUAUCAAUGGAGACUAUGGUGGGAAGGGGAAAGGUUAUGAAUCAUUGUCUGAAGCCCAUCUAAUAUGGAAGCGGAGCAAGCCUCCCAAGUUUCCCACUAGAUAUAACUUCACUCGGUUCGCCAUCACAUUAAAUGAACUUACCCCUGGAUUAAAGGAAAAGCUGCCACCUACUGAUUCCAGGUUAAGACCAGACCAAAGGCAUUUGGAAAAUGGGGAGUAUGAGAUGGCAAAUUCAGAAAAGUUACGGCUAGAACAACGGCAACGCCAGGCUCGAAAAAUGCAAGAGAGCGGAUGGGAACCACGGUGGUUUGCUAGGGAUAAAGCAAGCGGUACAUACCGCUAUUUAGGAGGGUAUUGGGAGGCCCGAAAACAAGGAAACUGGAACUCCUGUCCUGACACUUUUGGCCAAAUUCCUUCCGAUCAGCUUUCAGAAGAAGGUCAAUAUACAUUGUAGUUUUUCAAAAAAAUUUCCUCCAUUUUUUUAACUGAUGGGUGUCUUAUGACUGCUAGAGCGCAGUUUAAGCUCCCCCUUGAAAUUCAUGAUAGUCAAUCAUUUUAAAAUAUGAGCAGGUAAUAAUGUAAUUCUUUUUUAUUAUUAUUUUUUAACUACAAGUCUUCUUUUUGGCCAUCAUAAUUUUUACUAUAAGUAAUGUGACUAAAAUAUGAAAUUUCUUUCGACCGAGGUUUAUGUACUUAUUUUUUAAUCUUAAUUGAUACAAUUAAUGAUUUUAUACCUAUAAUAUUGUUAAAUCU